AUGGAACACAGAAAGGCAAAAGGUCUGACGAAUCAGUGCUCAGGCCAGCCAAGGGACAGCUACAACAAUAGUUACUUGGAAUUGCAAACUUGUUCAAAGUCUUGUUUCCAUGGUGAUCUCCAGUGUCCCAUUUGUCUCCAAGUUCCCACAUUUCCUGUGGAAACCAGCUGUGGUCAUUUAUUUUGUGGACCAUGUUUAAUUGCAUAUUGGAGACAUGGGUCUUGGUUAGGACCUGUAAGCUGCCCUCUAUGCCGGAGAAAGGUGAGCCUGCUCUGUAGUCUGUCCCAUGAGAAUAACCAGGAAUGGCACGGGCAGCAGAUCCUCCAAGAUAUUAGAGACUACAACAAGCGUUUCUCUGGACAGCCUCGACCUUUUACAGAUUAUGUCUUCGACAUGCCACUGUUGCUCCAGUUGGUUUUCAGAGGGCUCUUGACAAUGGCUGGAUUGGUGUGGAUCUUCUGUUUGAGGAUUGCAAUUUGUUUCUUUGGAGCCAUCGUCCACUUCACUUCUCCUCUUGAUAUAAUACCUGAAACAUUCAAUGGGAUCUUGAGGACCUUUGAUGAUUUGACUGUUGUAAUCCUCUUGCUUUCCUGCAUUAUUAAUAUUGGCCAGCAGAUGGGGCUAGAAGAAACGAGGCGAACAAACACCACAAGCCAAAGUCUAUAACCAGGAAUGUGGACCAUGUCUGGCAAAUGUUCAGUAAAACUGUAAAUAUGCUUUAGCGAUGUGAAUUGAUAGCUGUACAUAGACUUUUAAGGUUACUGUUGCUUGGUAUAUAACAUCCUUGUUUGUAAGAAUCAUAACCAGUUCCCCAAAACUGUUUUUAGGUCAAUAAAUCUGUAACUAUUUAUGUAUUUCACUGAUAAGUAUAAAAUACAUUUCC